UAAUAUCCCAUGAUUGAGCGCUUGCACACCAGCGGUCCAUAAUAGACGCGUGUCGGUUGCCCCAAAUCGGGGCGCGAUGAAGAUCCGCAGCGACCCUCGCGCGACCAGCGACUAAGCGCGUCGCUGCGACACUCUGCGGUCCAUGUAGGUAUCGUGUAUAGGUCAUAUGCAUACAUCACCCACAUUCACCACUCCGUAGCAAAGUUCUGCCAGUUCGCGAGGUCCUUGCUCGUCAGACCUCGCUCUUGUCGUGUGGAUGCUUCUUUCAAUGACUUUAGAUGAUGCUCGAAUAACAUUCGAGUUGCACUAGAGACAACUGACCCCUUUGAGACCCGAUUGGGGCUUGCGCCAACAAACCAAGUAGCGCGGUAUGGACACAACCUGAGAGUUGUUGCUAUUAUGUCUUACAAUGAUGCGCAUGGCUAGCGCCACUGGGCGUCGUCAGAGCGAGGGCGCACUUUAGCGCGACGCCUCGACCUCUCUGAUACUUUCAGUGGUCCUAGCAGCAACGCUUGGCUUAAGUAGACGCGACUGCGUGCGAAAGUCUAGCGACUGCGCAGAGGAGCUGCGGCACCCAGUUUUGGUCGUGGGCUUUCCACGUCCGGUGUUAGUGCUCAAGCCCGAGCAAGAGGAGACCGGAAGUAAGAAGGAUUAUUCAGCUGGCGAAGCGAAGUCGGGUAUGAUGAUGAAUGGCGCGGACAUUCUGGCCUCCGCCGACCUCGGCGACCUCAUCGGUGAAGUGCAGUCACUGCUCACGGAGGUCACGUCCGCGGAGCGGCUCCCCAAAUUCGCACACAACCCCUCCUCCAGCCGCCGAGCUUUGGACGCUGCAACCCAGCAGCCUGCAUGUGUACUGGCGGAUGCCGUGGUGACGUCAGGAUUGGCUGUCCCCGUCUCGCGUGCCCCGCAUGGCGAGCUGUUGCUGCUUGGGGGUUGCGACACGACAGCCGCAGUGAAGGCGCAGUACGGUGUGGGCAGCCACGGCAUACAACUAGCCGCGAGCGCGGAGAGCUCUCAGGCUAGUGGAGGCGAGGAAGAGGAGGACGGCGAUGAUGAGGAAGAGGAUGCUGCCCUGAUGGCGACAGCAGCGGACGAGGAGGCUGCCAUGAUUACUGGCUCACGAAACGAGGAGGUGGCGGAGCUGCAGCUGGCGCUGCAGCAGUCGUCCUCCGCACUGCGGGCCUCGCAGGCGCAGCUUCAGAUCUUGUCCUCUCAUGUGGAGGAGCUGCAGUCGCAGCUGGAGGCGGAGUGCGAGGCGGUGGUCGCGGCGGUGCAGGGGCAGCUGCAGGAAGCCGCCAGCACGCACAGCGCAACCGUGGCAGCGCUGCAGGGCCAGCUCGCGGCACAGGCGGACGAGCACCGGGCGUUGCUGCGCCGGCUGAGGGAGGCGCAGCGGCGGGAGCUGGUGCUGGAUAGGCUGCAGGCGGAGCUGCAGCCGGUGUCGCCCACCAUCGCGGCCGCGACGCCCUUCGCCGACACCGCCGCCGCCUGCUGCGCGCUUGACGCAGCCGACGCAGAAGCUCGCGGCAGCGCCGGCGGCGCUCUCCGCAGGCGCAGUGGCAGCAGCGCUGGGGACGACGCUGUGGCCGCCUCCCCCUCCGCCACCGCCGAGUCGUCGUCACUGCUGACCGCCGUGCGGUCCAUGAAAAUGACGCUCGACGAGCAGCGACAGCGCGCCGCGGCGGCUGAGGCUGAGGCGGGCGCAUGGCGGGCGGCCGCCGUCAAGGCUGCUGCGGAUGUGGCGGUGCAAUCGGCAACCGUACGGCAGGCUAUGGCAGCGGCAACGGCGGCGCUGGCGGCGGCGCGGCAGCAGGAGGCGGCAACGGCGGCGGUGAUGGAGGAGCGCGAGGUCCUGGUGGUGGAGGUGGAGCAGCGGCAGGAGCAAGUGGCGGAGCUGACGGCGGUGGGCGCGGAGCUGGGGCAGCAGGUGUCGCGGCUGGGGUCGGAGGUGGCAUCGCUGGCGGUAACCAACAGCACGCUGCAGAACGAGUUGCUGCAUAUUGGCGGCCGGCAGCGCACGCUGGUGGCAGAGGUCGCCGCGCUGCAGGCCGAGCUGACGGAGGCGCGGCAGCAGGCCGCGGCGGAGAAGCAGCGUGCAGCAGAUGGCGCCGCCGCCGCCUCUGAGGCGGCGGCGAAGGCCGCCGCGGCGGCGGCUGCGCAGGCUCACGCCGCGGAGGCGACGCAGCGCCAGCUGCGGGCGGCGCUGGCUGCAGAGGAGGCAGCUGCGGCGGAGCAGCGUCGGCAGCUGGAAUCGCUCCGGUCGCAGCUGUCAAGCGCGUUGGUGGGCGUGGAAACGGCGGAGGCGCCGCGGAGUCGCUGCUCUGCAGCGUCGGAGGUGGCACUGGGAGAGGCACUGGCGGCGUGCCGGGCUCUGGCAUCGCGCGAGGCGGUUCUGGAAUCCCAGGUUACGGUUCUACGAAGCGAGCUGGAGGCGCAGCGGCAGCAGCUGUUGGCGCAGCGGGACGCCGCGGCGGCAGACGCCAGGGCUGCGGCAGUUGCGGCUGCAGGGCAAGCUGCUGAGGCCGCCGCACUCUCCGCCUGCGUCGCUGAGCUGCGCACACAGCUGGCACAAGCAGAGGUGGCACGUGACACGGCAACGGCGGCGCUGGACGCUGGACGCGCGUUUCACGCGUCUGAGGCGGCGCGGACAGCGGACGCACUGGCGGCGGCAGAGGCGGCGGCGGCAGAGUACAAGCGACAGCUAGCAGCGACGCUGGCCGAUGCUGCGGCGGAGCGGGAGCAGCUGAAAGCUGAGCAGGGUGCAGAGCUGGCGGCAGCGCGGAGGCGGUUAGCGGAGGCCGAGGUGGCUUCGGCGGAGGCGCGCCAGCGGCUGGCGACGGCGGACGCCAAGCAGCAGGAGCUGGCAGCGCAGCUCGUAGCGGCGGAGGCGGCGCGGGGCAAUGCAGUGGCAGUGCUGGAGCAGCAGCUGGCGGCGGCGCGGCAGCGGUGCUGCGAGCAUGAGGCUGAGUCCGCGGCGGCGCAGGCCGCAGCCGCAGCCGCGUCGCUGGCAGCGGCGGCCGAGGCCGAGCAGCGGCUGGCUGAACUGCAAGCAGAGGUAGAUGCGCACUCGGCAGCCGCAGCAAGCGCGCUCAAGGCGUCGCAGGAUGCGCGUGCGGCGGAGGCGGCCGAGGCAGCAGAGCUGCGGGCUCAGCUCGCAGAGCAGUUGGGGGCUGCGCGGGCGGAGCUGGAGACAGCGCAGGCCAAGCUGGCAGUCAUGGAGGUAGAGGCCGGCGGGCUGCGCUCGCAGCUGGCGUCAGCGGACGAGGCACGGGCGCGCCUGGCGGACCGGCUGGCUGCAAUGGACGGCGCGCGGCGUCACGCGGAGGCGGAGGCUGCCGCAGCAGCUGCUGUGGCCGCGGCGGCGCACCCUGCGCUCAUAUUGUCCCAUUCGACAUGGUGCGCCACGGCGGCCCGCGAGGACCACCACGCCACCGCGCCCGUGGCUGCAAGGAGUGCGCAUGUGGUAGCAGCUGGCCUGCUGCGGUCGCCAGCCCCUUCAGGUGACGUCCCACCACUUUGGGCAGCCUCCAGCACCACGUCUACGGCUACUCCGCCGCCGGGUGACGCUCUUGGUUGCGAGGGCGAGGCUAUGCCUGCAUCAUUCCCGGCGGUGGGGGUGCUGGCGUCCGCGUUAAGGGAAUUGAGCGCGGCCCUGGAGUCGGAGCGGGCCGCCGCGGCCGCGCGCGGCAUCACACUGCGUGCGGUGCUGGCGGCGGAGAGGGCCGAGGCGGCAUCGCUGCGGACAGCAGCGCGUGCUGGGCCAACGGCGAAGGCCGAUGGCGUGCAUGCAGGAGCGAUGGCGGCAACGCCGGACUCCAAGUUCCGUGGGGGGCUGGAGUCGGGUGGCUCCUUCAACGUGACCACGGUGGUGUGGGAGGCCAUGCCUGGUGCCGCAGCCAUCUCUGCCACGGACAGUCCAGGCGUGAACUCCCGCGAAAGCCGGAACAGCGGCGCGCCUGCGGUCGCCUGUGGUUCCUGCUCUGGCUCUCCUUCCGCAGCCAACAAGUCCUGCGUGCCGCAAACCUCCUUGGGGCAGGCCGCCCCAGACGCUGACUUGGCGGAUGCCUCGCCUCAGCACGAGCCGGCGGCGUGGAUGACGAAUGCGGCUUUCGGCGGCCUGCCAACCACGGUGUCAGCGGAGGCACAGAUGGGUGAUAUGGUGGAGACCAUCGCGGCCCUGAAAGCAGAGCUGGCGGCGGCGCAGGCGGCGCUGGCGGCGGAGAAGCGGCCGGCGUCUGGUUCGAGCGGCGGGAGCAGCGGCGCGGGACUGGUCGUGGCGCUGGGCACGGCUGCGCUGCCAGGCGGUGCGGAGGCGGACGAGGUAGACACGCACCACCUGCCCAUGACACCGCCACCCGGCGGUGCAGCGCCCGCAGCAGGCGUGGCUAGCGCCACCACGCCGCUGGUGAGCACCGCCCGCUCCGCUGGCACUGCCCCCUCCCAGUCGCCCUUCGCGGCGGCCGCGGACGCCGCCGCCGCGGCCAUAGCGGGCGAUGAUGCUGAGUCCCAGGCGGCGGCGCUGGCUGCCCGCGCCAUCACGCAGCGCGCUCUGCGCAGCGCUGAGAGUGCCGAGCUUAGCCGCCGCCUGGAGGCGCACCAGUCGGCCGAGCGCGGCGUGCGGGCUCGCCUGUCCACCCUCCUGGCAGCCCACGGGCGGCUCAGCGGCGAGGUGGACGCGCUGCGCGCCUCGCGCGACGAGCUCGCGACCGAGAUCCGCCCGGCGAGGGCCCGAGCGGAGAGGCUGUGGGCCGACAACGCGGCCCUUCGGCAGCGCGCGGAGCAGCUGGAGGGCCGCGUGAAGGAGCUGGAGUCGGAGCUGCGGGCCGCCCGCACCGCGGCGGAGGAGCGCGUCGCCGGCGCGUCAGCGGCGGCGUCAGCCGCUGCUUUGGCAAUGCAGGAGCUGCGCGUGGAGCUGCGCGCAGCUCGGUUGGACCGGGCCAAGCUGCAGGAGCAGCUGACGGCGGUGACGGCGCAGACGGGCACGGUGCAGCGCGCGGCGGAGGAGCUGUGCGGAAGCCUACGCAAGGCGCAGCGCGACCUGGAGGAGCAGCGGGCGGCGGUUGCGCGCGCGCGCGCCGAGGCAGCGGAGGCGAAGCGGCAGCUGGCGCUGAUGCAGCAGCUGCAGCAGCGGCUUGAGGCAGAGGUUGCAGAGCGGGGCCGCCGGUCCGCGGAGGUGGCGGCGGCGGUGGAGGCGGCUGCGCCAGCUGCGGCUUCGUCCGCAAAGAAGGGCGCCGCUGCUGGAGAGGUUGCAGCGCACCCUGCUGCGCCGGCGGAGGCUGUUAGCGGCGCUGCGAGCACUUGCAGCAGCGUCGGUGAGGACGUGCAGGGCGGCAGUAGCAGCAGUAGCAGCGGCGGCGGUGGCUCCAGCGGCACUGACGAGGGCAUUGCCUCAGCAGAGGCAGCGGGGGCUGUGACUGUGAAGGCGCCGGCGCCGCCGGCGCUGCUGACAGCAUUCUCCCACGCGGCCUCGGAGCCCUCCGGCUCGGCUCCUGCACCCUCGCCCGCGGCCUCAACUCUGGCUGGCUCGCCGCAGCAGCACCAGCCUAGCCCCUACUCCCGCUCGCUGCCGCCUUUGUCUCCCAUUUCCCCCGGCGGUCUGCUGUCGCCGCUGGGCGCGCUGCCGCCCACGGCACCCCGCGCAACGGGCCGCACCUCCUUCUCCAUGCGCCGCGGCAGCACGGAGCUCAACGUGCUGGUGGAGGAGGAGCGGGAGGGCUCUGGCGCUGACGACGACGACGAGGCUCAUGGGCAGGACCAGGCCCAGCGCCGCAGUGGCGAGCAGCAGGGCGGCGAGGAUGUCACCAGCGGCGGCUCGCUGGCGCGCACCAGUGUCGGCCGGCCUCUCUCUCCAACAACGCGCUUGGCUGACAAGCCGCCCGCGCCACCGUCGCUGCCCACGCCGCCAGCCGACCCGCUGGCGGUGCUGAAUCGCACCUCGGCGUCCUGCAGCGCUUCAGCUACCAAGUCCGAGCCCGACGUGCGGCUGUUCGAUAACCCCGUCUUCACCGCCGUGGAGGCCGCGGCGGUGUCCCUGGCGGCAGAUGACGGCAGCGCCGCCGGUGACCGGCCCUUGGCCCGUACCUCUGGCGGUGGCUACAUUUGCACCUCAUCACGGCCGCAGCUGGUGCGCGCUCGCACCCUGGAGCCGCCGGCAGCUGCCGGGGUCGCCUACCCCUCCCGCAACUACACCUCAGGCUUCGCGUCCGCCUCCCAGGUGGCCUUCGGCCGCAUCUCCUCGGACGGCGGCUCCGUUGCCGCCACUGCGGCCACGCUGGUCGCGCCGCGCGUAGGCAGCGCCAGCAGCCGCCUGCCACGGUGGCCGCCGCCUGCGCCGCUGGAGGCGGGUGCAGGCGCCGGCCUGGACAUGGGGCUGGAGUCGGCGGACGCAUCUCGCCGGAGCAGCACCAGCGGCAUGAGCAGCGCGACUGCCGGCGGCUCCGCUGACGUCAACGGUGGGGGCGAGCACUUGGUGCCGGUUAGCAGGGGCAGUACCAUGGUACGACUGUACCGCAAGCUGAGUAAGAGGAUCUCCUUUGGCGGCUCCAGCAAGGAUUGAAGUGACACGACGAGUGGAGCUGAGAUCUGGCCCUGGAAGACCGGUCGCAGCGCCUCGUGUUGGCGGACAGAAGGCUGGCGGUGACAAAGGGCGACCGGCGCUUGGCUGGGAUGGCUGGCGAAGAGGUGCGCGGCUCAUGCGUCGAUUCACAUUAUGACGGCGCGCCGAGAGUGGCGCAUGCAGGCGCAGGUCAGCGUAGCAGUGCAAAACAAGAGCAGGAGGAGCAGCACAACAAGUUGGUAGAAGCGAGCAGCAGGCCGGCAGCGAACACAAACAGCUGCCGUAUGAGAGCGCUGCGGAGGCACGCAGGCCGCAUGGAACAAGCGCCUGGCGUGUCUCAUUACAGUCAGCAGCCGGCAGAGCACGGGCAUUCCGCAGGGCAGCGUGUGACUCAGGUUUGCGAUGCGCUAGGCCUUGCAGGAUUGGCAUACGUGGUAAGAGAAGCAGCAGCGACGCGCAGGGCCCAGCACUGCAGUACAUGCAACGCGAGAGGGCUGUACAUCCCGGGAUGCGGGCGUGCGGGAGGGAGAGAUCGGGAAAUUAUUUCGCAGUACAGAUGAUUGGGCCCGCAAUGUAUGGGCUUCGGAGAGAAGUACAUCUUACUAUUGGGAGCACGCGAAUGCUGAGACAACAAGACGGGACGGAGAUGGCUAUGGAUUGCAGUUUGGCGAUUGAAGAUAAGACAUGACAGACCAUGAAACUAUGUGUGGACGCUGGAUAGGAAAAUGUUGCAGUUGCAGUUGUGGUGACAGUUGGCCGCACAUUCCAGGUUAAUGCGCAAAUCCUGGGGAUGUGGGGGUUGUUGCGGUUGAUAAACCGAGUGGGAGUUCCCUGGCGGCACGCACUGACGGCUGGAGGAGUAGGCAGACAGACGAGCAUGGGCAGGCAGGUAGUCAUAGAGCGCGGCAUGCGUGAAUGCCAGCGCGGCCCAUGGAGGCAGGUCGGGCACAGCAGGAGAGGCAUAGGUACAACGGCAAGAGGCUGUGUGUGGUAAUAAUGUGAAUACGCGGUGCAUUAGGAGAGCCUGGAAGCGGCACAUUGUGCGGUUGUCACUGGGGAAUUUUAUUAUCACAUGGAAGAGUUGGCGCUGCAGUUGCACGAUGCAGACGAAGCAGGCUCGACUGAAUUCGCGGGUGCGGGUAGUACGUAUAUAAAUAUGUUCUGUUACAAGUUCGUACGCUAUUUGCAUGCCAGCGUGUGGGGCUGUUGAGUGCUUUGCAGCCUAAGGCACGUUAGGGUGUCUGUUAUGCCUGGUAAUAUCGCAAUUGAGUGCAUUAAUGUGCCUGCCGUGCGCUGCCAACAAGGCACAACAGCGGAAUACAGCGUACUGCAGGGCCGAAGGGGAACCCCUGGCGUACUGAAGCUGCGGCGCCCCUGGUGGCACCCCCAAGAGCCAAAGGGUCGCGGGUCAGGGGGCUCAGACCUGGUUC